AACUAUUCCACAAUUGCUCUGCCCGGCACGAUGGCAGAAGCAGCGGCGGCGCUGCUCAAGGAGUUUGAAGAGGCAAAACGCGAGGUAGAAGCUGCGCGACGACAUCUUCUAGAAUCCCAAAGAGCUUACGAGCGAGAGAAGGAACUAUAUACAAGUGCACUGCAGGCCAAGAAAGCGUACGCGGACGAAGUGGAAGUGCUCGCUAUAAAGUUGGACACUACGUUGGCCGAUGUCACGAUGCAACCCGAAUACGCUAUUGAAUUCCAAGCAAACAUUGGGUGCUACCAGUGCUACGUGCAUAUCGACAUGACGAACUCAACAACGGUCCCGUUCGUCCAACUAGAUCCGAGUUCGAAGAAGUUUCAACUACUCACGAGUUCACAGCACAAACUUCUGGACGUGGCCCUGGAUCAUGCCGUGGACGCAACAUCGAGCAUCGUCCGAGUCCAAAAAGAUCACGUUCACAUUCGUAUUCCUCUCACGGCCGCCGCGAAAGAAAGCCGAAAGUCGUCGAUGACCGUUGGCUUGACAUCGCGAUCAAUUCCACAUGCUGAGCUCGAGGUUCAAAACUACUCGCAACUGCUUUGUCGAUCGUGCAACGCCAACCUCAAGAAGGAAGGCCCGCUGUGGGUGAAGGCUCUGCCACUGCCGUCGUCCAACUGGAUGGAAAUGGCGGAUUUCUGGGGAGCGGCAGAAGGCGCGUUUGAGCACAUCCCUCGAGACGGCAUCGAAGCUGCGGCCGGGCGCAUCUACGUAGCGUCCGCCGAUCUGUUGUUGCACGCGUCCAACAUCAACCUGGACAGUGUCCAAGUGGCCAAGACGUCGUCCAACGACGCUCAGAUUUCUUGUGCAAAUUGCACCACGGCGAUCGGAACCAUCCAAAACAACAUGAACGUGCGGCUUUUCAAGCAUUGCAUCGACACACGGGACGGAAUUUUUGCGUCCUACUCGUGCGAUGCAGUACUUGUGUCUCAAAUGCUGGAAGUGAUCGAGUCGGACGGGAUCUUCCGCUUUGACAUCGUUGAUGAGAGCGACAGACGGCGCUUAUUUGUGCAAGUGCUGAGCUGGGAUGCAACGAUCCAAACGUCCGAGUUGUCCCAUCCGCACAAGGUGCUGAAAGUCCUGUUCUCUGUCCCAGGAGCGGACAGCUCGACUGAAGGAAACGGUCCAGAGCUGCCUUCGAGGGAGUUGCGUGCAUCAACGGCCUUGCUUGACGAAGUCGUCCACCGUCUCAACAAAAGUGCCUCCUUUCUGCCUUCCACCAUCGCUGGCAUCAGCAAAGGCUCGAUCGGAUUCUUGUUUGGCUAGGUACCUGUCACGUCAGGCGAUAUGGACCCGACCACCGCUACUGCAUGUUAAUGCCAUGUACACUGGAUGACUCCAUCGUCCAUGCAAACCAUGAGCCAGAACAACAGUGUGCUGUAAGAGCAGCGAUGAUCUUUUCGUGACCGAUCGUGCAGCCCAAGUGUGCACUCUCGAAUGGAGGCAAUGUCAACUUCGUGUGGCAUGGCGGGAAGAUGUCGGAAAUCGCACUACACGGAUUAUAUUUUAAUUUCGACUGAUAAUCUUGAGUUUUGUAUCCGUAUUUCUCAUAAUGAUUACAACUCACUCAGACGACUGCACAA